UCAUGAAGUCGUCAGCUGUGUUCCUCCUGGUCUUUUCCAUGAUGGCUCUGACCAUUGCUGAUCACCAAGUUGACUUGCACCAGAGAUCUAUUUAUUGUCCUUCUGGCUGGACUCGGAUCAAGAGUCGCUGCUUCCGCUACGUUUCCAGACGCAGGAGUUGGGCUACAGCCGAGGAGAAGACUUGGUUUUGGAGCGAUGGAAGACCGAUGAGCUACACAAACUGGUGUCCGAAAGAACCUAAUGAUUAGGGAAACCAGCACUGUUUGCAGAUGAACUGGACGGCCUAA